GGGGCGCGCGCCCCAGAGACGCGGAGCGCCGGUUGCGGAGGCUUCGCUGCGCCGCCGCCGCCCCCCGCAGCUGGGACGCUGCCAUGGACCCCGAGCCCGAGCCCGAGCCCGUCACGCUGCUGGUGAAGAGCCCCAACCAGCGCCACCGCGACCUGGAGCUGAGCAGCGACCGCAGCUGGAGCGUGGGCCGCCUCAAGGCCCACCUGAGCCGCGUCUACCCGGAGCGCCCGCGUCCGGAGGACCAGAGGCUCAUCUACUCCGGGAAACUGCUGUUGGAUCAUCAGUGUCUCGGGGACUUGCUGCCCAAGAAUGAGAAGCGGCACGUCAUGCAUCUGGUGUGCAGCGUGAAGAAUCCCCCGAGGGUGCCGGAGACCAGCACCAAGGUUGCUGAGGCCGCAGAGCCGCCUGCUGGUGACCAUGGUCAGGGUCAGCAGCCUCCGGAAUCCUCGAGUGAUGGUUUAAGGCAAAGAGAAGCCCCUCGACCCCCCUCGCCCCCUGCACGAGAGAAUGUCUCAAGGCCGGCAGCUGUCCAGCCAGCGUACCAAGGCCUGGCGCCUGGCUACUCAAGCUACACGACGUACGGGUGGCUGCAGCUGUCCUGGUUCCAGCAGCUGUACGCGAGGCAGUACUACAUGCAGUAUUUAGCGGCCACUGCAGCAUCGGGGGCUUUUGUGCCCCCUUCAGGUGGGCAGGAGAUACCUAUGGUCUCUGCGCCCACGCCAGCCCCCAUUCCCAAUCAGUUCCCUGCUGAAAACCAGCCCGCCAAUCAGAACGCUGCUCCUCAAGUGGUCGUGAAUCCCGGGGCCAAUCAGAACAUGCGGAUGAAUGCCCAAGGCGGGCCUAUUGUGGAGGAAGAUGAUGAGCUCAACCGGGACUGGUUGGAUUGGACCUACUCCGCGGCCACCUUCUCCGUCUUCCUCAGUAUCCUGUACUUCUAUUCCUCCCUGAGCCGAUUCCUCAUGGUGAUGGGCGCCACCGUCGUUAUGUACCUGCAUCACGUGGGCUGGUUCCCGUUCAGACAGAGGCCGCUUCAGAACUUCCCGAACGACGGUCCUCUUCAUGACGCUGUGAACCAGGACCCCAACAAUAACUUACAGGAAGGUCCUGACCCUGAACUGGAAGACCCCAACUUCCCCCCUGCGGACCGGGACGCCCUGGAGGACGAGCAGACGAGCCCUUCGUUUAUAAGCACAGCCUGGCUGGUUUUCAAGACGUUCUUCGCCUCGCUGCUGCCAGAGGGCCCCCCGGCCAUCGCAAACUGACGGCCUCGGCUCUCUGGCUGCUGGACACCGACACGUGUGGGCUGGCUCCCCUGACCCCUGCCAGAUUUCCUCACCGGACACGGCAGUGGCACAGAAGUAGUCGGAACCAACGGGGGGGAUGAGAUGAGAUGCUUCCAUGAUUACGCAAAAGCGUAGAGUCAGACUCCCGGGAAGCCACGCUCCAGACUGAUGAGGAACAGCAAAGCACGCCCACGGCUUCUCCCACCUCUACUCUGAAGAGCUUUAAUAUAUAUAUAUACUGUACGUAGUUACAUAGACCUGGCGUGUAGACAGCAGUAGCGUCGCAUGUUUAUGCCCGAGGAACUUUUCCCGAUGUGUGUGUCUGCAUGCGUGUUUGUACAUAGAUACCUUAGAGGCAGAAACGGUUCUGCUGGUCCGAUUUGAUUCCUGUUGGAAUGUUGAGAUUACACUAAGUGUACUACUUUAUAUAAUCAGUGACAUUGCGAGGCGUGCGCUAGCAGGACUCGAUCUAGGGAAGACGCGAGGUAGACUCGCGCUUUGAGACGCAGGGCCUUCCUUCCCGGGGGGCUCUGCAGAGGGGAAGACCUUUGUGGGUUUUCUGUUCAAUAAAGUUUGACCGAGUGACCCUGGCAGUGGCUCCUGUCGUCCCAGCUGUGCAGCCACGUUCCCGGGGCACCGGCUGGCCCACGGGUGAGCUGCUGACCUUUGACCUGAGUGUUUCGCCUCUUUUUGUAGAAGGACUAGAUCGGUAGGGAUAGGUAAGGCCACGCGCGCUUCCUUUUACCGCGUCUCCUGUGUGUGUCCCUGUGUCUCGGUCAUACGUGACCUGUCAAAGCCAAGUCCCCAAAUCGAAACCUAGUAGCGCCAUAAGCAAAUCUCCAGUUUCACCCGUUCAAUGUCAUACUUUUGUAAGUUGAGCUUUUGUGAUUUUGAUUCUUUAUUAAGACAAAUAAAGAAUUUUUUUUUCUUUUGGA